AUGAACAUCAAGAAUAUUCUUGAUUUGCCGGAUGAAAUCAAUAUCCUGAUAGUGAAACUGUUAGACAUUGAAUCCCAGAAGAAUGUUUAUUAUACAUGCACAUAUUUCAAACAUUUAAUAAGCAUGUAUGGAGUAGUAACCAGUUGCAAAUUAUGUAUGAAUAUUAUGGCCACAGCUAAAUCACUAAAACUGGAGUUUUUUAAGGACAUUGGCAUCCACUUACGAGAACUCAACUUAUCAGCUAUGAGUGAUUUAAAUAAAACUUCACUAGUACCUGCCAUUAAGAAAUUGAAGAAAUUGCAUGUUCUAGAUGUUUCUUAUACUAAAAUAAAUAUUAUAGAUUUGCUUGAUGUACACCAGGCUUGCCCAACUAUAAAAGAUGUUUCUAUCAACUUUGCAUUCGACAAAUGUGUUCAGAUAACAGUUCCUCAAAGUAUUAUAGAAAAAUGUCAAAAUAUGUUUAAAAAUUAUGAGAGGGUUCAUUUUGUAGGUAUAUUGACUAAUCUAUUUUGUUCGAAACUGCCCUUAAGACUGCUAGAAAAAGCCAAAUUAAAUGAGUUACAGUACACUAUAACAGAUUGUGCAUUUUUAAGAUCUGUUUAUGAUAAUGAUAUAGAUAUGGAAGAAAUGAUACAAUUUAGGCUACUGAAAGUAUUUUUACUCAACUGGCACAAAGAAAACCAGUACUAUGGACGCCUAAACGAAUCUGCUGUUCUUUCAAUGUUAGACUUAAGCAAAUAUGAGCUCAUCAUGGUUUCCAGAUGCACUAUGGAUGUGUUGCAAGUUCUAGUUUCUCCUAGGUUUAAGGACUUCUUUCUUAAACAAUUUGGUGUACAAGCAGAAAUAUUCACAACAUGGACUAACCAGGAACUUGGAGGCAAUGUUGCUUUCAUGAUUUGGAAUACAGCAACAACUGUGUUUGAUAGUUCAUUUUAUGAUCGGUUAUUGAAACAGUUAAAACAGUUCUUUCCAUAUCAUUUAAAAUCAGCUUCUGGUGAUACUCAAAUACCAGCCAAUACUGAUUCGAUUUACACAAGACCAAAUCAAAAUGACUUUGCGAGAUCAGUGAGAAAUAUUGAGCCUGAUUUUAAGAGAAGAAGAGUAGCUCCACAAGGCAUCAUUCUCGACUAUGACAAUGUUUGUAAAGACAUGAAAAAUAUUAAAUUAACUAUUUUGUUUGAAAAUACGAUUAGAUGUCUAGUGACACUAUCAUGUAGUAGUAACUAUUUAAAAAAGAUAACUCAUUUAAACUUGACUGGUCAUGUGGUUUAUAGCUCUGAUUUUUUCAAGAUAUUAUUUACAAAUUGUCAUAAUCUUGUUGCCAUCAGUUGCACAUCAUCACCAAAUGCUACCCAAGCAUUAGGACGAUACAUUUGGCUGUGUAAAUAUAUUAAACAUUUGCGUUUAGUUGCAACAACAAUUGAUUUUAAAUCAUUGUUUGUUUCCUUAAGUCGGUGCAAAUACAUAGAGAAUGUACAUUUGUACAAUAUGACAUCCAGUGGUGAUAUAGCUGAACCAAAGGAUAUGUUUGAAAGAUGUUGUUGUAUGUAUAAUUUGUCAAUAUGUAUGCCUAUGUCUGAUACUUUAAGAGCGAAAAAAUUGCAGACACUUAAUAAAAUUAAAUCUAUGUACUCGAGAGAUCAUUUAAAUAUAGAAUUGUGUGUUGCACCUGAUCUCAAGGCUUAUGGAUAUGAUCCUUUCGUCGAUGUUUUCGAUUUGAAUCCAAUAAAAGUAGUUUAAU